AUGUUUCUGGCAAAGGCUUUCUUGGAAGGAGCAGAUCGGGGUCUUGGAGAAGCUCUGGGGGGCCUCCUUGGAGGAGGUGGUCAGAGGAGAGGCGGGGGAGGUGGCGGUGUCGGCAUAGGAGGAAAUAUUGGAGGAAUAGUCGGGGGCCUGGUGAACUUUAUCAGCGAUGCUGCAGCAGCUCAGUACACCCCAGAACCGCCUCCCACCCAGCAGCAUUUCACCAAUGUGGAGGCCAACGAAAGUGAGGAGGUCCGACGGUUCCGCCAUCAGUUUGCACAGUUGGCUGGGCCCGACAUGGAGGUGGGCGCCACCGACCUGAUGAAUAUUCUCAACAAAGUCCUGUCGAAGCACAAGGAUCUGAAGACAGACGGCUUCAGCCUGGACACCUGCCGGAGCAUUGUCUCUGUCAUGGACAGCGACACGACAGGCAAGCUGGGCUUUGAAGAAUUUAAGUACUUGUGGAACAAUAUCAAGAAGUGGCAAUGUGUGUAUAAGCAAUAUGACAGGGACCACACGGGUGUUCUGGGGCCUUCUCAGCUGCGGGGAGCUGUACAGGCCGCUGGCUUCCAGCUAAACGAACAAUUACAUCAGUUGAUUGUCCUCCGAUACACCGAUGAGGAUGGAAGUAUGGACUUCAACAACUACAUCAGCUGCCUGGUCCGCCUUGAUGCCAUGUUUCGUGCCUUCAAGUCUCUGGAUAGAGAUGCAGAUGGCCUGAUUCAAGUAUCUAUCCAAGACUGGCUGCAGCUCACUAUGUAUUCCUGA